AUGAACGUUGCGGAAGGAGAUCUGUUUCACAGCGCUGCAAACAUCUCUGUCAAAGGGAGGGACGAGUUAAAUUCCAUUGUCAAUGACACAUAUAUUGAUCUGCCCCAGCGCUACAGCCAAUCUACAUUUAGCUACAGUGGCACUAGCCGAGGUGCUGAAAACCGGGAGAGCUGGUCUGGACAAAGCUGUACUCCAUACUCCAUCAGUCAGGAUCCAAAAACAACAGAAAGCAGCGAAGACCAGACAGGAGACGAAGAAGAUAGCGACGGCCGGUCUGCCGGGAGCACAAGGAAUCCAAGCAGUGACAACGAGGGCAAACUAAAAAGUUCAAUUGGCAAGAAAGACAAAGAGCCUCGGUCGCUGAGACUAAGCAUCAAUGCGAGGGAGAGGAGAAGGAUGCACGACUUAAACGAUGCACUGGAUGGUCUUAGAUCUGUGAUUCCUUAUGCCCAUAGCCCAUCAGUCAGAAAACUGUCCAAAAUCGCCACUUUGCUUCUGGCGAAAAACUAUAUCUUAAUGCAGGCUCAGGCUUUGGAUGAAAUGAGGCGGCUGGUAGCUUAUUUGAACCAGGGCCAGGCGCUGACAGGACCCAUUCCCUCUGCAGCUGCAUUGACCAACACCCUGAGCUCCUUCGGACAGUCUGCUGUUUACCCAUUUACAGGCACUUCCAUUGCUGCUUGUCCGGAUAAGUGCGCUGUCUAUACAGGAACACCCUCCAGUCUUUGCAAACAUUGUAACGAUAAGCCUUAA